AUGACGCCAUGCGAGUGGGACUUGAUCUGGAUGAAAGGGGACUUGGGGAUCCGAGUCGUUCUGGACGGUUGGAUGAACCUGAUUAUUCUGGGGCGACUGGACUUGACUGGUGGUGGAGUCAGAGUGGCUUCUAUUGCUGGAAAUCCAGGGUCUCCAACUACUCGGAGUGCACCAAGGGUGGCCAGGAUUGAGCAGUCGGCAGAGCAAGUAGAGAUGUCUGCUGAGCAGAAGCUUAGCAGUGCCGAGGAGGCCAUGAAGCCUUCUGGUAAGGAUGAUGUCAACUUUGAUGGUAUGGCUGGGACUGUUAGGUCAGGGCUAUCGACGAGCUCUCCGGAGAAGGAUCAUAGUGUUGGAUCUCGGGAUAGGCCAUUGCCGGAAGAUCCCAGGGAAUUGAUUCCUGGAUCGGAUGCGCAACCAAGCCGGGUUGAAGAGCUGUUACUGCAAGCUAUCAGUGAGAAUCGAAUGCUUCGGCAGCGACUGGAUCAGGUUGAGGUGCAGUCCAACUGGCGCAACAUGGCUCCGAGUGGGCAGGACGGACCUGUAGGCUCACCGGCCUCGCUUACUCCUCCGCCAGGCUUUGGUGGACGGUUAGCUAGUGCAUCUGUGCAGACUGGCGGCUUUAGAGCCAUCCAACAGUUUGCGAUUGGUGAUCUCCAGGGUGCCCAGGUGAAGGGCGUGUCAGAGGACACUGCAUCUGCAGAUCAAGGAUCUGCUGGUGUUUCCGUUGGAUCUGCUGCGAGUGCCUCCUUGAAGGAUGAGUUGGUUGCCGAGGCCACUAGACUGUUAAAGGGGGUCUCUUUGAAGGCUAUUCGGAUUGGAGAUCCUACAUCCUUGAAGGAGUGUGGAAUUAAUCAGGCUUGGCUGCAGAGUGUCAUUCAGUCCGCGUCAGAUCAGCAGUGGGCACUGAUAGAUUCCGGAGCUACCAAUGGCCUUAGGCCUGUCGUUGAUGAUACAGAGCUUGGAGACGCUAGGGCCAUCACUGUCGAUUUAGCUUCCGGAGUCACUCAGCUUCACAUCAAUACCUACGGCACGUUGCUGACAGAAGGACCGUCUCAAGUAAUUAUUCCCGCCGGGUAUUUGAUUGAGUUAGGCUACAAGGUUACCUGGGGUAAGAAGGGGUGCAAGGUGAGGCAUCCGAAGGAUGGACUGCCAGAGAAGUACCUUAGUGAGUUUAGUGUCCCAGUUGUCAGCGAAGAGAACUUUGAAGGGCACCUAGAAGUUCGAGCGCGUCGUAUUUUCCUGUCCAAGCUGACUGCUGAAGAGUCCUUUCGGGGGAAAGGCUUUGAUCCCAUUGCAUCUGGCCGGGAUAAAGGGGACGGCUAUCGCUACUUCUUGGCUUGUGCGUAUUCAUUUGUGGUGCCGAUUUGUUCCCCUUCUGGAAAAUCCGAAGGUGGAGUUCCCGCCGACGCUCUGGAGUAUGAGCCUUCAGUUGUUCCUGAGGAUGUGCAGGUUGGGGCUACCGAGGAUCUGUUUCCGGAGUGGGAGCUCUCAGAUGAAGGGGCCCGGGAAGAUUCAGUAGCCGUAGCAGUCGGCAACAAAGCAGAGGUAGCCAUUCAGCACAUUAAGAUUGUGGUCCGCAAGCUUCUGCUCGCAUCUGGCAUCGACAAAUGUGUUGUUGAGAAGUAUGCUGCAGAGCUUCAUCGCCUAGGCUUCCCCAUUCAGGUAGCGGUAUCGCUUGUCGAAGCCUCGGAUUUCGGUUUUGAUUGCCCUGAGGAAGACAUUCUUUGGGAACUUGAUUUGCCCGUCGAGCUUAACGAUGGACUGUUAGCAUUGCUGAAGCUCGCCGAGAGCUAUCGCUGUGGGCAAGGCCGUCUUGACGAGGAAGGCUGGCGUUGGGAAGCGCUGAAUGGCCAGCUGGACUUGCGCUGUUGGCGGUAUUGGGGGGAGCAGUUCCAGUCAGGAUGCGCCUACGCCGAGUGUCCAGAUUGGGGGGAGCAGUUCCAGUCAGGAUGGGCCUACGCCGAGUGUCCAGAUUGGGGGGAGCAGUGGCUCUGA